AUGACGUAUGGGGUCGUCCAAGUCGACGCAUUUCACCAUCUUCUACAAAAUUCGUUUCUCUCCGCCUCGUCGCUUCAUCAACUUCAAAGGGUUCUCCCCAGAAGCAUCCCGUUUGCCCUUAUAAUAGAAAAGAGAGCAGGAACAAGACCUCUCUGCGCUUCGCCAACAGCAGCACUGAAAAUGGUCAAAGCAAUUAGGGUCCACGAACAUGGUGGCCCUGAGGUCCUAAAAUGGGAGGAUGUGGAAAUAGGGGAGCCCAAGGAUGGAGAAAUCAGAGUGAAAAAUAAGGCCAUUGGGCUUAAUUUUAUUGAUGUAUAUUUUCGGAAAGGGGUUUACAAGGCUUCUGCAAUGCCCUUUACACCAGGUAUGGAGGCAGCUGGUGUGGUAACAGCAGUAGGUCCUGGAUUAACUGGAAGAAAAGUUGGAGAUCUUGUUGCUUAUGCUGGUAAUCCAAUGGGUGCAUACACUGAAGAGCAGAUCCUUCCUGCAGAAAAAGUGGUUCCUAUUCCUCCUUCUAUUGAUCCUACCAUAGCAGCAUCUAUCAUGCUUAAGGGAAUGACCGCCCAAUUCUUACUUCGCCGCUGCUUCCAAGUUAAACCAGGACACACGGUCCUUGUUCAGGCAGCAGCAGGUGGAGUUGGAUCUAUGCUUUGCCAAUGGGCAAAGGCCCUUGGUGCCACGGUCAUUGGAACUGUCUCAACUAAAGAGAAGGCAGCUCAAGCCAAAGAUGACGGUUGUCACCAUGUCAUAAUAUACAAGGAAGAAGAUUUCGUAACCCGGGUAAACGAGAUAACAUCUGGAGAAGGAGUUGAUGUUGUCUAUGAUUCAGUUGGAAAAGACACCUUUGAGGGAUCCUUGGCAUGCUUAAAGCUCCGGGGAUGCAUGGUGAAUUUUGGGCAGUCAUCUGGUACACCAGACCCAGUCCCAUUGUCAGCUCUUUCGGUAAAAUCUCUGUUCUUGACAAGGCCUAGCUUGAUGCAAUAUACCGCGACUCGGGAAGAAUUGCUGGAAACUGCUGGAGAGUUAUUUGCUAAUAUUGCAUCUGGUGUUCUGAAGGUCCGUGUAAAUCAUACAUACUCUUUAUCACAGGCAGCACAAGCACAUGCUGAUCUCGAGAGUCGAAAAACAUCUGGAUCUGUUGUACUCAUACCAGAUGGAUGUUGA